UUUUCAGAGGCUUAAAGGAUGUCCCGCCUUCCAAUGAAUGUCGUUGGAUGAAGAGUUCCGGAUAGAAUAAAAUGUAUGGAGGAAACAUGUGUCACUCUUCGAUCACCCAAUGCCGUCACUUCUCCAUCAGGUCCAUGGCCUCUAAAACCCAUGUGGGCUUCAUUGGUCUGGGGAACAUGGGAAACCCAAUGGCAAAAAACCUCAUAAAACAUGGAUAUCCAGUGAUAGCCUCAGAUGUAUUUCCAGAGUCCUGCAAAGAGCUACAGGAGCUUGGAGCUCAGAUCCUGGACAACCCUGCAGAUGUGGCGGACAAGGCUGAUCGCAUCAUCACAAUGCUCCCCUCUAGCCCCAAUGUUAUAGACGUGUAUACCGGGCCAAAUGGCAUUUUGAAGAAGGUGAAGAAAGGAGCUUUACUCAUUGAUUCCAGCACUAUUGAUCCAUCUGUUUCAAAGGAGAUGGCAGUUGCUGCAGAGAAAAUGGGGGCUGUUUUAAUGGAUGCCCCAGUGUCUGGAGGUGUUGGUGCUGCAACUUCAGGUAAGCUCACCUUUAUGGUGGGUGGGCCAGAGGAGGAGUUCAAUGCAGCCAAAGAGCUUCUGAGCUGUAUGGGGGCUAAUGUAGUAUACUGCGGCCAGAUUGGCACAGGACAGGCAGCUAAAAUCUGCAACAAUAUGCUGCUGGCCAUUGGAAUGAUCGGAACGGCAGAGACCAUGAAUUUAGGAAUCAGAUUAGGGCUUGACCCGAAACUUCUGGCCAAGAUCUUGAACAUGAGUUCUGGCCGCUGCUGGUCAAGUGAUACAUAUAACCCUGUGCCAGGAGUGAUGGAGGGAGUGCCCUCAGCAAACAACUACCAGGGUGGCUUCGGAGCCACAUUAAUGGCCAAGGAUCUGGGACUUGCACAGAAUACAGCAACCAACACAAAGACACCAGUGCCGUUGGGCUCUCUGGCCCAUCAGAUUUACCGGAUGAUGUGUGCACGUGGCUAUGCCAGCAAAGACUUCUCCUCGGUCUUCCAGUUCCUCCGAGAGGAGGAGGGCCAAUAGAAGGCAACACUCUAUGCCCCUUCCACAGCCUUGCCCAGCACUGCCUGCAUUGUAAAACAUUGACCCAAUAGCAAGAUACAUUGGCAUGUAGGUGCAUGGAAGCUGGUAUCAUCUGAUAAGUAAAUGAAUGAACAUGUGAAUACAUGUGUUGAUUUGAUGAUAAUUGGCCUGUUUGUGUAGGGUUUAUUUGACAGGCUGUGAUCUGUUGAAAUCAUGUUACUUAUGUGGGCUUACCCAUGUACAAGUAGUAAUCAACCUAUUGUUAGAUACUAUGAAUUUUGAGAAUGUUUUUUAUGUGUCUGACUGUUUGUUGCCUUUGUAGCCUAACAAAAAGUUGUCAUUAUAUUCGUACAGCAUUUGUCAUAGUACUUGUUUGAGGAAAGGUUUAAAGAUACAACAUGGCUCAUUUCACCCUCAAUAGCCACAAAUGCUGACCAUCUCAGCCAUGACACUCCUAAAAGCUUUCUUUUUGUUAACAAAUUUGCAACACAAAAAAAUACAUUUGUUAUGUUCUUAGAGGAAUAUUACUUGUCCAAUACAAGUUAAGCUCAGUUGACAGCAUUUGUGGCAUAGUGUUGAUUACCACAAAAAUGUAUUUUGUCUUAUCCUUCCUUUUCUUAAAAAAACAGAAGCAAAAAUUUGGUUUACACAGAGGCACAAUGGAAUUGAAUGGGGCCAAUCCGUUAAAUUUAGAUAUUCACCGUAUUAAAAGUAAAGCCACAAGAUGUGAACAAUUUGCUUUUUAACAUGACUUUGCUGUGAUAAAAUAAUUUACCUUUUCUGUGUAAAUUUAUAUCCAAUUUUACUACUUUGUUGCCAUGACGAUGUAACGCAGUAAACCCUAAAAGGACCGUAAAAACAACAAUUAAAACCACUUCGCAGCUCUAAUAAUACACAGAAGAAAUAAUGUAAGUGCUUUUAUUAAAUUGUAAGCUUCGCAUUUUUGCCUUUUGAAUCCUCCAAAAAUUGGCACCUAGAUUUUUGCUUUUUUUUUUAAAAGGAGGGAUGACUAAUUUUGUGGUAAUCAACACUGUGCCACAAAUGCUGUCGAUUGAGCUGAACUUUUAUUGAACAUGGAAUAUUUCUUUAAUUUGGGGUCUGUUUAUUCUAAGUUGCAGUUGGCAGUCACAUUUUGUUGUUUGUGUUGGAUCUACAUGCCAUAUUUGUGUACAUUUAAACACCCUGAAAUUAAAGCAGAAAUUCUCUAACUCAAAGAACCAUGACUUGUUAGUGAGUGCAUCCUUCAUGUAACACUAAUA